AUGCAGGGGGUAGAUUGCAACGGGCAUGGAACUCACUGUGCUGGUACUAUCGCAGGUAAUGUUCACGGUGUUGCUCCAGAAGCAAAUGUUUACGGACUGCGUACUCUAAACUGUGAGGGUUCUGGCUAUAAGAGUGACAGCAUUGCAGCUUUGAAUUGGGUUGCUGCCAAUGGAACUAAACCCGGUGUAGUUUCUAUGUCUCUCGGUGGUUCUCAGUCUGAUGCACAAAAUACUGCCGUUAAGAAUUGUCGAAAUGCUGGCUAUAUUGUGGUUGUGUCUGCUGGCAAUAAUGACGGCAAUGCUUGCUUGAAGUCACCUGCUUCUGCACCAGAAGCUAUCACCGUGGGUGCAACGGACGUAAAUGACCAGAGAUCAUACUUCUCCAACUACGGUACAUGUGUUGAUAUCUUUGCUCCUGGAUCCUCCAUAACAAGUUGUGGUAUUUCUUCCCCAACUUCAACAUCUACUAAGAGUGGAACCAGUAUGUCUUGUCCUCAUGUGGCAGGUAUUGCUGCUGUUAUGGCUUCUAACAAAUACGCGUCGAAUCCAGAAUAUACUCAAGCAGACGUCGAGGAAAUUUACGUUUCGAUCAUUGAAAACAGUACUCUAGACAAGAUAGGUGAUUGUAUGGAUGGACCCAUUUAUGAUACACCAAACCGACUUGCUUAUUGUGAUUAAAGAAGCUCACAAUCUACUAUCACUUCUAAUGACUGAUGAAUAAAAUCAUUAUCAUGAUCAAUAGUAUUCAUUGAUAAGAUUACAUAUCGAUCUAUUUGAAGGGAAGUGUAUUAGAAUUGAUUGCAAUACGAAGCCUAAUGGCAACAUCGGAAGUUCUCAAGUUACUUUAAAUAGAUAACACAGUGCCCAUUUUCGAACAAAGAGAAAAAAGUUUCAUAAUGGACGAUAAGAUAUGACGUCAAAAUAAGGAGAAAUUAGUUUUUUUUAAAAAGUUUGUCGACUCCUGAAAUAACAGCAUGUUGUGCUCAUUUGUCUAUUUCCUACGAUAAAAAGGGUAAAGUCUCAGUCCAAUCAAGUCCAAAACCAAGCUAAGUAGUUAUAAAUGAAGAAUAUACACAAGUCCGCAAAAUUUGUUGAAUUGCAAUAAUUAUAUACAUUUCCACAUUUUAAAGAUUAGUAAGCAAUUAAUGUAAGGAGCCUUAUUCAAUAAAGUAAUUUCAAAAGCAGUCAGACCAAAGUUGUCAUCUUGAUAUAAACUUGGCAAGAGAGAGAGGGAGAGGGGGGGGGUGGGCGGCAUGAAGCUGAGAGAAAAGAGAGGAGAUCUGGGCCUCAUCUUACAAAGAGUCAUGAUUGCUCCGGGAUUGAUCCAAUCAAUCACAAUUAACUAUAGUAAGCCAGCAACCACCAAUAUCUAAAAUUCAUGCUUGUUCAAAAUAUUUUCUAGAUAUGAUGCAUAGUCAUACAUCCAUUGUUUUCUUUCACAUUCAAUGUGCUUCUCUUUGUUUAGAAAGGACAAUGUGCAAAUUUACUGUGGAUAAAAAAACAUAUUGAUGGAUUUCCAUGUAGCCGAGGUUGAUCGCAUAAUCGGAACCCUUUGUAAGACGUGGCCCAGGUGGAUGGAGGGAGAGUGGUAGGAUGGAGAGAGAGGGGGGGGGGGCGGAGAAAGGGAGAGAGCAAGAGAGAGUGAGAAGGUGAUGAUGACUAGGCUUUCGAGAGGUCACCGAUGACUUCAUUGUACGAGAGGAAUAACAAAAUGUAUGAAUAUACAAACUGACGAGGAGAAAUCAGUGGAGCGUUUCAUCAUGAUUUUUGUCCGACAGGUUGUCAGAUCUGACAACUUCCCUUGAUUUUGAUUGGCUGAGGAGAGCCGUUAAUGUGGUAACUGUCAGACUUGUCAGAAAAAUGUCCAACAAGUCCUUUCAUGAAACCCUCCCCAGAGAAUUAUAUUAUUUAUCUCUCUGGGAUAAAUAAGUGGAAUGUCCUUAGCGGCAAUCCGAAUGAUGAAGUGUUUUAAGGGAUUUGGAAGUUUCAUCAGAACUGAAUGCACCGCCAGCCUGGACUUAGAAAAUACAAAACAAUGUUAAAAGAUUCUUUUUUAAGUAUUGUGUAUCAUUAUCUACAGCACAUCAUCAUUAAUAUUAUCAUCCUAAAAUGAUAAUUGUAGUACUCAUCCUCCUAAUGAUCAUCAUCAUCCCAAUAUCAUCAUCACCAUUAUCAUAUUCCUCCUAAUCAUCACUGUCAUCACCAUGGCCGUUAUAAUCAUCAAAGUCAUGCUCCUCCUAAUCACCCUCAUCCCAACAUCGUAAUUAUCCUACUCAUCAUCUGCAUCAUGAUUUUCAUUACUGCCAUCAGGGCAUCCAGUCAUUCAGAUUUUAAGCAUUACAAAAUACAAGAAGAACUCAAGACAUCACAUUAACAUUUUCUGUUUUUACUCAUUUCCAUAUGUCGUCAUAUGGAUAAACAAAAAAAUAUCAAUACUCCCAUAAGAAAUAAAGGAAGAGACAUCUGCGCAAAACAUUUAUUCAUUUCAAAUAUGCAGAGGUCUUGCACAAACGUUUUCUUACACCCCCUAUUUAAAGAAAUAGUUGUCUCAAAGCUGGGAAAAUUGCAAUAUUUAAUCUCUAUGAUAUUCUCUCAGUAGAAUAUACAGACAAAAUGUACACUAUAUUUACAGAUAUAACAAGUUGUACAACUUGAACCAAGAAAAACAAAAAUAUUCAUACUGAUACAAUUGCUAGAAAUUUAGUCACUAUAUUUUCAAAAGAGGAAUUGCUUCUUGCUAUCACAUAUCUAAUUUACCUGUCGUAGCUUUACCAUACCUGUACACUAGUGCAAAAAACCUUUAAGUGAAUACUUUGUUAUUUUUCAUUUUUUAUACAACACAUAUUCCCAUGUCACACACACACAUAAAUAUAAACAGAAAUGAUUGGGAUCAGAGUUAUCAAUGUGCCCAUAUAGCUCAUCAUUUACAAAUGUUAAGCACCUCUUUAAGAACUAGCUUUUUAUGUCUCUAGAUAGUAACAUUUUCUUUUUUCAUCUAGAUUUUGAAAGAUUACUUGAAGUUCACUUUAAAAUAUUGACAGGAUAGUGAUUAGUUGAAUACUUUGUGACCAUGACAUGAUACUCUAUCACAGCUUUAUAACAACGUACUUAUAGCAAACAUACUAAAGAAAAUGAAGUGCAAAUAAUCAAGCAAUUCUAUUUGAAUUACAUCUAUAGCAAUAAAGGGCUUAAUGGAUUAUCAAUUGCAGGCAGUAAUAAUAAAUGCCUUAGUGCCCUCACCAGAAAUGAAAUACUUUGCAUAUUUGAGUAAAAUUAUCAAAAUAUUCAAUUGGAACAUUGAAUCAAAUAAAAUUAGUUCAUUCUUUAUAGAAUGUAUUGUAUUACUGCUGACACAGUAAUUGAAGUGAUAGACUAUUGGCUCCAAAUCUAAUAUCAUUGCUUCUUACAUGUAUGUGUGCAUGCAUAUGGGAUACGAUUGAACUUAAACUUCUGAUCAGAGACAAAACAGAAACAAGGAACUAGUCAUACAACUGCAACCUGUAAAUUUUGACCUAAUGAACGUAAAUUCCAGUAUGAUAUUUGAUAUGUCAAAUGGUUAUGAUGAUAUCACAAAAACCAAAUGAGAUGGACGGACCACCCAAAUGUUUCCAACCCAAAACUUUGGAGGAUGGAACAUGAAAGGUAACUUACUUUCGUCAUUAAAAAAUGAGCAUUCGCUUGCACUUUCCCACUCAAGAGGAAAAAUCAAUAAAGUAAGAUAUGUACAAUUUCAUAAAGUCUAGAAUUGGUGAACAUCAUAAUUAGCAGCAAUCUCAGCUGAACAAAAUAUACCAGGCCUACUGCUCAAUC